CUGCGUUGCAUUCAUCCCACAGUCAUGCCGAAUGACAGUCAAAAAUCUCUACAAGGCAUGCCAUGCCGCGAAUGAAUGCAAUCCAUCCACCCAUCCAUCCACCCAACCAACCAACCAACCAACCACUGCACUGGCUCGUCAGCCACGCAACAACACCGACCAUCUAUCUGUCCGAAAGAAUGUCAAAAGGAGGCCUUCCUUCGUUUCUUUCUAAGUGUGUCGGCAGACAGUGAGGUGAUCUGCACAUCAAGUGCAAGUGACAAACACGAAUGGAGGGAAGGGGAAAGAAAGGAAGACCGACGGACGAUUGCACACAGGAAAGACAGACAUUCAGACAGGCAGGAGAAGGACACGUAGACAGGCAGGGAGUCCGCAAGUCAGUGUGUCCCGAGGUUUCCUGUAAGCACAGGGUGUGACACACCAGUGCGUUGAUAGUCGACUCGCUCAUUGCAGUCACACACACACAGGUUACUCCUGGUGUCUGUCGUGUCGAUAACCGACCCACCUGUAGGAUCGUGCCAUCUGGGUCCCCUCUCGCCGUAGAUGGCCUCCCAACUUAUGUCCGUCGGCAAUCCCUGCACCUGACACCACACAUCGAAUAUUGCCCCCACCCCACCCCACACACACAUUGUGUAUGUGUUUAUGCUAAGUGUGCUUACUCGUCGUUUUUCCUCCUUCCAGAGGUCCUUGUGUGAGAUCUCGCUGGGGUGGUACCCGUGGCCCUUUCGCCAGCUGUUGGUCAGCGGCUGUAUACCUUGACCUGCAUUGCAUUGCAACCCAAUGCAAUUGCUUGCUUCUUGUGGUGUAUUGUGUGUCAUUUAUCUAUCUCUCUAGCAACGUACCGACUCCGAGGUAGCUCCAUCCGUCUGGCAGUGAGGCGUCGACGGCCUCCCACUUCUUCUCCUCAUCGGCAGACAUAAUCUGGUCCAAUCGCUCCCUGAUGGGAUGGAUGUAAUAUAUACACACAUAAAUGACAGACAGACAGAUAGAGACACCAAAGCAUCCAUCCCAUCCAUGGGGUCUCUCUCUCUCUCUUGGUGUCUGUGCGCCUCACUGACUGUUUGGUUUGUGGGAAUCCCCCGAGCUUCACGUGGUCCUCACUCCACCUGCAUUGCAUUGCAUGGGGCCAUCCAUGUGUGCUGUGCCAAGAUGUGAUGUGCGUGUGUAUGUCUGUCUGUCUGACGUGACGAAGGUAACGUACCCUUGUGCUCUGAGCUGUUUGUAUUUGUUGGAGUACUCCCGCAUGAAGUCGACAGCCGCAAUCCGCCCCUGGGCGUUGUAGAAGCUGGAGGAGAGCCAGUAGGACCAUCCUGUGGACGCCACAGUGGAGAAGACCGUUCGGUACUGGUACGGCAGCACCAGCCAGUUGAACAAAUUGCACACGCCCCAGUAGCUGCGUUGUCAGUGCAGUGCACAACACACAGGCAAGGAUGCACACACUCCACUGACGGAUGGGUGGAUGUGUGUGGUUGGUAGGUUGUUUACAAGAAUGAGGCCUGCCAUAUGUGGUAGAGGUAGUUCUUGAUGCGCUCCUCAGUGGCGAUGUACCACUGAUGGAAUGGACAGACACAUCACAUAGAUACACACACACCACACCACACCACACAGAAAGAAAGACAGGCAGAUGGGCGCAUCGCAUACACACAUCCUUACACACACACAUUGGUGUGUGGUGUGUGCCUGUGAGGUGAGUGAGUGAGAUGCGUGUGGCCCUUCCCUCCUUCCUUCCUCACCUUGACAGUGUCGAAGCUCUGGAAGUUGUUGUCCCAGUACUGUGUGGCGGCCUCGACAUAAGCUAUGAAGAGGGCGUUGGCGGGCGGCGCUGCGCAAACCGUCGUGAUGCACACCUUCUUCAACGCCUGCAUCGCAUCGCAGCCAUGCAUUCCACACACACGAAUGCAAUGGGGGUGGCUGGGAGGGUAUGGUAUACCCUGACUGACCUCUUUGACUCCCUUUUGUGGCAUCAAGUAGUCGGCCAGGCGAAACCAAAAGCUCCAGAUCGGCGCGAAACCAAUCGCACUGCAGCCAGCCAUUGAUUUAUCACAUUAUUGUAUGUGUGUAGGUAUGUGUGUGUGUGAUUUGUUUCCUCACUUCCAUGAGGUGAGGAUGGCGCUUCUCUUGACGCUGAGCUUGAACUCACCAGGACACUCAUAACGCUCAGGCGCCCUUUACACACAUGAACCACCAACAGCAUACACGCCAGCCAGCCAGCCACGUGUGUGUGCGCACGCUUAGGACUCACUGACUCACUCGAAGCUCAUUUCGCCGGCCUUUUCCUUGUCAGCGAAAAACAGCCUGUUUGGAUUGCUGGGCGAAAAGGAACCCUCCUUGAUCUCAGCCUGACGCAACUCCUGCAGGCAUAAACACAGACACGCACAGACAGACAGCCAGGCCAGGCACAUUAAUUAGAUGUGGGUGGUCUGGUCUCUCUAUCUCUCACACACACACGCCGAUUGGGGCGAUGGCUGACCUGCCUUCUGUAGGCCCUCCACUUGCUCUCGUGCUGCGCCUGCUGGGCAGCAUAGUCCCCCACAUACAUUACCACACCUGACGUCGCCUGAGUGAUUGACAGAUCACACGCACACGCACACACACACAAUGACCAGGCUCUGUCUUGUUUGUUCAUGUGUUUCGUUCCCUCAAGAGGCACCCACCCACCCACCCACCCACCAUGUUAGUGAGGACUGGGUGCCUCUUGAGCAAACUGCACACAUCGCACACAGGCAAAAUACAGACAGACAGACAGACAGGCAGGCGGGCAGGCAGAUCCACAGGCACCCUCAUAGACUCACACGAGCUGGGCACAUCACAUCGUACCUGUUGUAUCCGCCCAGCACAUAUGCAAAAGGCCUGGCAAUUGCCUGCAGCGUCUUGUUGCGUUGGAUCCCCACCACAGCACGCUGGUACGCCACUCCCGCACUCCAGAGAACUGUGCGGAGACCCGCAAUGGCUGGAUCUGUCAUCUCGGCUCGACAAAAGAU